AUGGCCAGUUUCCCAUUGCUCCCGACGGAGCUCCUAUUGAAGGUAUUCGAGCUUCUACAUUGUCUGGACGAUGCUGCAUGUCUUGCCUGGACGUCUACUAUACUUUGGUCCAUAAUUCGAAAAUCCGACUACCACAAAUAUGAUCAUUCUCUGUGUCUAUUGCACGAUAAGAUGUAUGGGGCUGAAGAGAGCUCAGCAUGCAGACUCCCAACAGAACCACUUCAACAGAUUGAUGCUUGGAUGUUGGGGGAUUACUCUAAAGUCGACCUCGACGACCAACCUCAAGACACCAGCAAGCGAAUUACAGGUCGGCAUCUUAGAAGCAUACUUGGCUGGUGGCAACAGACAAGCUUGCUUCGACAAAUCUAUCUGGAUAUUUCCGAAGACUACCGUUCCGUCCUAUCAUUUGUCGAUCUGGAAUCUAUGACAAGAGAGCAGAAGCCGAAAUACGCCCUGGCGCUGCAUCUGGAUCAGAAAUUUGUGAUUACAGGUAAAUUGAGCAGACAGGGUUCAGGCCGGCCAGUUCCUGUUGUUGCCAAAGGAGAAUUCUAUCGGGCAGUCAUGGCCCGCUUUCUGGAUACCAAAAUGCUACAAUUUGCUACGUUGUGCCGAUCGUCGAAAAGCUCUAAUGAGCUUCAUAGAAACGUUCUGUCUAUGUGGUCUGAUAACCCGACUCGCACGCUGGAAGAAUCGGUUCAGGUCCUGGAAGUUUUUGAUUUUGUAUCCAACUUCAUGCUUCUACAUAUUCUCCAAGACCCCGACACUCUCUUGGAUUGGGUAGAAUCGUCAGGCAGAAGCGAUGUCUUGAUUUUGGAUCAUGAUGAUACACCACUCUGGAAUUGGAUGUAUUGCCUGUCACGCCUUCAGCCAUACUUGUCGCCGUUUGACAUCCUUGCCGCUUUCCCAAUGGAUACAUUAGACCACGAAUCUUUGCAGGUGGAUAAGAUAGAGAAUGAGGUGUCCUGCAAGCUGGAAAAAUACCAUAAUGUGGCUGGUGAUGUCUGGGAAAGGUACCGCUACCACGGCUGGAGGAAUGGAGUCAGGGGUGUGUCAUUCAACGAGGAUUUUGGUGGCAGGGGUUUCGCAAGCGAGGUAACAGGGUUCAACGGCCACGGUCGCAACUGGUGGGAGUUGAUGAAGCAAACACGCGAUACUGUACAUGUACCACGUGGCUUCAAAUUCUCAGUACCUUCUCUUUACCUGAUGAGGGAUUGCACGCAUGCUGAAGACAUAGAUGGCAAUCAUUUGAAUUUCAUCAUUACUGACAAUGAUCUUUCACAGCUGGAUUUUGAAUGAAUAAGAGGUCCAAUACUACAAUACAGAAAGAAUGUUCAUCAUCUU